UUGUGAAAACCCCCGAUGUUCGGAAAACCGCAGGCACAGAGCGACGAUGAGGACAUGCCGGAAGAUGUGGCCGUGCCGGUGGAGGGCAGCUUUAUGGAGGAUUUUUUCAACGAGGUGGAAGAGAUCCGUAUCAUGAUCGACAAAAUCCAGGCGAACGUGGAGGAGGUGAAGAAAAAGCACAGUGCCAUCCUGUCGGCCCCACAGUCAGAUGAGAAAACCAAACAGGAACUCGAAGACCUAAUGGCCGAUAUCAAAAAAACUGCCAACAGAGUAAGAGGGAAGCUCAAGGGUAUCGAACAGAACAUUGAGCAGGAGGAGCAGACGAACAAGUCCAAUGCCGAUCUUAGGAUACGGAAGACACAGCACUCGGCGCUGUCACGCAAAUUCGUCGAGGUGAUGACCGAGUACAACCGGACCCAGACUGACUACCGAGAGCGGUGCAAAGGAAGAAUACAACGACAAUUGGAAAUUACGGGUAGAGCGACGACAAACGAAGAACUGGAGGAGAUGUUGGAGCAGGGCAAUUCCGCAGUGUUCACGCAAGGGAUUAUCAUGGAAACCCAACAAGCAAAACAAACGCUUGCCGAUAUCGAAGCACGGCAUGCAGAUAUUAUAAAAUUGGAGAAUUCAAUUAGGGAGCUACAUGAUAUGUUCAUGGAUAUGGCGAUGCUCGUCGAGAGUCAGGGCGACCUGGUGGACCGAAUUGAGUACCAUGUUGAGCAAAGCGGGAACUAUGUGGCACAAGGUCAACAGGAACUGGUUCAGGCGAACAAGUACAUGUCCAAAGCAAGAAAGAUAAUUUUCGUCUCAGUGGCAGUCGGUCUAUAUUUUUCGGAUUUCGUCAAUGCCGUCGACAAUGCAAUUCAACUAGCGUUCAACUCAGCAUCAGCAUCAGGAGCCACGAUUCAAUUACGCUGGCGGGAAUAAGUGAAGAGACUAUCCUAGGCCAUAUGUGUGGGACGGUCGUGUAAUCUCGAAAUACGUUCCAGUUUAACAGGAUUAGUGGUGUAGUGUGCUUUCCAUCCACGAACUCGUGAUUCGGCUCGAACAAUUGCUUAAACUGUGUAUAAAGCUUCUGAACACACCCCGCUUGUUGGUUGAGAUAUUUCAUUAAGUUUGGGUAUAGGAUUAGGAUAAGUUUCUCGCCGUCGUCGGGAGGCGUGCGUUUGUACUGUUGAUUCAAUUCGCGAUGGGUUUUUUCCGCUGUUGAUUUGAACAUUAGGCGAAACAGCCAUUGCACUCUAUAUCUAGUCAAACUGAGUGAUGGGCGGGCGAGUCCGCAGUGGAGUUCGGCGCCCCAUAAUCAAGUUACUCUUAGCCUAGUUGAACACCAAGCGAACGCAUACAACACCCGAACAUCCGACUUCGUACGGGGCUAGGCUUUGAGUUGGUUCUGAUGUGUAUAUACUAUUUAGGGAAAUUUUAUUUCGUUUUCGUUGAAGCUAUGUAUCCUACUCGAAACGAAGCGGUGUGUAACGGAAACUUGGAAAAUGGCUUUCAGUACUGACGUUUCAGUUCGUUUAAAACCUUUGUCAGGGACACUGUAUGUCUUUAUUUGUGAAAUGAAGACGUUUGGUGCUCCAUAUAGUGAUAUGAUCUUAAAGUAGGACGAAUAUUGUGAACAUAGAAGUAAAACAUGGUAAAUAUAUAUGAGGCACCAAGCAAUGUAAAAUACAGAUUCCCUGCUAAAGUUUAUAAAUGAACAGUGACUUCAAAGCUAUUUUCCAAGCAUACAACAUAAUAGCCGUAAACAAUAAAGAAUGAAGGAAACGGUUGAAUUUUGCGCGCAAGGUUAUGUACUCUCGUUCUAAUUGAUACAAGUUGCAGUUUGCAGUUUUUGCUUGCAAAAUUGGAGUGUUUUAGGGCAAUGCAUAUGCGUAUUUGGGCGAUUAGAUAAAACAGAAUGAUCUUUUAAAAAGAAAACAAAACGGGAUGUAGUGUGUGUGAUAAGAAGUUCUAUUUAGAGACGCCUCCUUAGCAAUAAUACAAUGAAGAGGGACACUUCCAAUCAGCGUUAAAAGUAGAAUAAAUUACACAUACACACAGUCACUCACACGGGGGAAAGGGUAGCCCACUGGGUUUGAUUGGCCGUCUGCGGAUCUCGAGUGUACAUAAUGUGGUGCGAUCGUCUGCGGCCAACGGAAUCCAUUGCACUCAGGGGAGGACAGGUUAAAAUCAUGCAAGCUAUUGAAAUGGGCUUAACGAUCUCUCUCUAUAUAUGCAAGCAAAAUGUAUAGCAAAGCAAAAUGCCGAACAAAUCAGUGGUCAAGUGUGCGAGUUCAAGGAAGCGAUUGUUUUAGCGCGCGAGCAUGAAUGUAAAGGCUAACACGUGAUUUAGAAAUGCGAGAAGAGAGUACAGAACAAAAUCAUAACACGAACACUAAUAAAGAGGAAGAAAAAAUUUAAAAUGUUCAAGAAAAUGUGUGAUAAUAUUUAAAAAAAUAAUAAUCUCUAACAUUAAUUUGAGGGGAAAUAUACAAGAGGAAGCCUAUAGAUAUACUACUUACAUGCUACUACAACACCUAUUCACGAGACGAGACAUCCUAACAAGAAGUCAGCAAGUGACUUUAAAAAAAUGGACAAUAGCGGGAAACCGUUGGUCAUUUGACCGUUGACAACGUUCUUCUGUAUUUCAUCUGUGAGUGGCGAAAUUUCUUUGGGCAUUUUUUAGAAGCUAUUUGUCUCUCAUGUGAUAUCGAGAUGGGAGUUUCAAUAAGGUAAUGACAAUGAGCUGCUGGUGUUACCCGCGCUUAACAAAUUUCUUUGUGCUGUUGUGUCAGUCCGGUCUGAAGCUGUCAAAAUCGAGUAAAUCUCGUCAGCUGAUCAGAGCUGUCUCAUGGGUUGCCUUAUAAUAGGAAUGCUUCAAAGGGCUGCAGAGCGGCUUCACGGUAGUUGAUUGGAAUCUUAACCAUGGCUGAUUAAAGAUAGAUAUCGUCAGUACUUCAGCUCUUUCAUGGCCGCUCCGGAAUCGAAUUGUCACAAUAAACAAGUCAUCAAGCGUAGUUGCUUUUUUUUUUCUCCAUGACUACUGUGUAUCAACUGAUAAUGCUGUCAUUUUUUUUUCUGUAAACAACAAGAUUGCUACGAUUAUCGAUGUACAGACAAAAUCGAUGACGCUCAUUAAAAAAACAUCAUUUUAGAGUCAAUCACUAAUACUUCUGAUCUGGGAGGGAGCUCUCGAUACUACACAUCAAAUAAACAAAUACUGUCGUCAGGCAACAAGCAAAUUUUUUACAAGAAUAAACAAUCAACGUAGGCGCCACCUAAAAAGACUAAAUUUAGUUUUGUGUGUUAUUGUUGUUAUAUUGCCUUAGAAAAUUUUCUUGUCGAGGGUUUUGUUCUCGGCUCGCACUGACAUGUCAUGACAGAUAGAUUUCGGCUCGGCUUGACACACACAUUUUUUGAAUCUGUUUCUCCCUCCCAGCUUCUGAUAACACGACUCUUUUAUUUUUUUUUUGGAAAUACUUCGUUAAAAUUGAUUUAUAGCCAUCUAAAAAGAGUAGCUACUCACAAAAUAAACGUUGAAUAAAUUACAAAAUAUGGAGAAUCAUGGACUUGACAAUGAAUGAAAUUUUCAUCAACUGUAGCACCAUUGCAUCUUGUGUCAUUUCGAAUGUGUAUUGUUUAUUUACAAGCAUUGAUAGCAGUUAAACUAAAAAAAUCAUACAAUCGAAAAUAAUUGUCAAUUUUACUAUGAAUUAAGGCCACAUUGUUUAGGUUGAUUCUCGAAUCGACGAACCUCUUAGUAUGCAACUAUAGUUGCCACAAUGGCCAUCCUUGUUCCUUCCGAAUUGUCAAGGGCACACAGCUCAAUGAUUCACCAGUCAACCGCCUUUAUUUUUCUAUUCAUGAUUGCUGUAAUGCAGAUGCUGCUCCAAUUUGAUUUGAUUUGACAAUGAUUUUUGUAUCUCUAUUUUCGUGAAUUUAGAAAUGGGGAUCCAUUGUUCACUAUAGUAGACAAUACUGUAAUUGUAAAUGUCAAUCUUUGAUUUUCAAAUACGCUCUUGACUGCCCAUUUAACUCGACUUAUUAUUAUGAAACGAUUGUAUACAGCUCCCCAAUUUUUGAUAUUCAAAAUUUAGUUUUUUCUGAUAUUCCAAUUGUUUCUCUUACUUGCUAAUCAAGGUGCGAUAAGAAGCGUUACCGAAAUUCAUUCGAAUCAUUCAGUCAUACAGUCAUUACACUCACACAUACAAAGAAUACUCGACGCAAAGCGGGACGACACUCAGAGAAAGAAACGAGAAAACAUGAAUCGUACUAUACUGCCCAGAAAAUUUAAACUUACGAAAGUGAGAUUUAAGAAUUUUACAACAAUUCACGAUAAGAUUUUUCACUAGUAGGAAACCGAAACCCAGACGCAAAUCAAGGCGAAAAACGCUACCCAAACUGUACAGUUGUUGCGCCACCAAAUCUUUUGUUUUGAGCUUAUGACAAUUACCUUUUUUGUAAGGUUUUAAUUUAUAAGACGUUCGUGUGUAAUAAAGAGAAUAUCUUCUGCAGUGAGGCUACAAUUGUUGCUCAUAAUGCUCAACUGGUUUGAUUUAACCCAAUAGUUUGGACUCCUGUAUUGAAAAAUUGGAAAAUCAGCCAAAGGCAAAUAGCAGCAACAUAUUUUAUUUUUGUUAACAUAUUUAUUAAUGACAGUUUUGAGUAAAACAGUGAGCGACAACGUUAUCAGCAUUACACAAGGAAUGAAGUCUAUAUAUGUAGCAUUUAAAAAAGUAAUAUCUGAUGAAAACACAAAGAGCUAGCCUAUUCAUUUAAAAUAGUUAUUUACCUUAAAGACGAAGCAAGUAAUAGCAAGGUAAAAAUAACAAUUAAAUUCUUAUAGCCGAAAUACUAGUCAGUUAGAAAAAGAACUCACGUAUAGGACGUCUGCUAAUCGCUAAAAGAGCAACAAAUUUAAAAUCAAGUGAAAGAUAAAAUGUAAUUC